UAUUACCGAUAUUAAUCGAAAAGGGGUUGAAAUUGAAUGAUAUUAUUCAGUAAGUACAAGUCGACAAAAAUGACCUACAACCAAGGUAGUAUGCCAAAUCAACAAUUUCUUUGGGAUGUGUUUCAAAGAGUGGAUAAAGACAGAAGUGGUCACAUCUCCGCUGAUGAGCUACAAGUGGCCCUGUCAAAUGGUACAUGGUCUGCCUUUAAUCCUGAAACCAUACGUUUGAUGAUUGGAAUGUUUGAUCGUGAAAGUAAGGGUACAGUAUCCUUCCAAGACUUCGGAGCUUUGUGGAAAUAUGUUACAGAUUGGCAAAAUUGCUUUCGAUCAUUUGAUCGUGACAAUUCAGGAAACAUAGACAAAACUGAGCUGAAGACAGCACUUACAUCAUUUGGUUACCGGUUAUCAGAUCACCUAAUAGACGUCUUACUUCGAAAGUUUGACCGUUUUGGACGUGGAACAAUUCUUUUUGAUGAUUUUAUACAAUGUUGUAUUGUGCUUUAUACCUUAACAACUGCGUUCCGGCAGCACGACACAGAUAUGGAUGGGAUCAUAACUAUACAUUAUGAACAAUUUUUAAGCAUGGUUUUUUCAUUAAAAAUUUAGUCAUUUUUUAUAAAAAGACCUAACAACUGCGUUCCGGCAGCACGACACAGAUAUGGAUGGGAUCAUAACUAUACAUUAUGAACAAUUUUUAAGCAUAGUUUUUUCAUUAGAAAUGUAGUAAUUUUUAUAAAAAGCUAAAUAAAUAAAUAUAUAUCUA